CGGAGGACCCCUCUCAUAUUCUACUCGUACCACAACCUUUCAUAUGACUGUCGGCCAUGCUGCUCGGCCACAGUCUCUGCUACGACGCACUGUAUCCUUCGUAACGUUCACCCGAGCCUUCUGCCACACUCCCCUCAGAAUGGCGUCCCUUACUCCCGCCGAUAAUUCUUCAUCUGCCGUCCCUCAUGUUCCUAUCCCGAAGAAUGGCGUCGACUACAGAGGCAAGAUCGUUCUUGCACCAAUGGUGCGCUCAGGAGAACUGCCUUCACGUUUGCUAGCCCUGAAAUACGGUGCGGAUCUAGUUUGGGGACCAGAAACAGUUGACCGGUCCAUGAUCGGGACAACUCAACGCACAAACCCUCGUACGGGUUGUGUAGAAUGGAGUCGGAACUCGAACAAUCAGAAUCCAGAUGGCCCCGAGAAAGAUUCGGUCAUAUUUCGCAUCGACCCCAAACGAGAAUCGGAUAGACUGAUAUACCAGAUCGGCACUUCCAACCCUGAUUUGGCAGUGCAGGCAGCAACGCUUAUCGCACCCUAUGUACGUGGAGUCGAUGUUAAUGCAGGUUGCCCGAAACCGUUCUCUACCUGCGGCGGCAUGGGAGCUGCUUUACUCAAAACACCAGACAAGUUAUGCGACAUCUUGACGACGCUGGUGUCGAAGGUGGGUAUACCGUACGAAAUUGGCAUCAGUGUCAAAAUCAGACUGCUCGAAACGCCGGAAUUGACAUCGAGUCUGGUCAACAAACUCUGUAAGACCGGGAUCACUGGUCUGACCAUACAUUGCCGGACAACACCAAUGAGGCCGAGAGAACGUGCCAUUCGUGAGCAACUGCGGAUGAUUGGCGACAUAUGCAGAAGUCACGGCGUUGCCUGCUUGAUGAAUGGGGACGUUACAUCUCGUGACCAAGGACUCGCUCUUGCAAAAGAAUAUGGCGUUGAUGGAGCAAUGAUUGCGACAGCUGCUGAAGCGAACUCGUCCGUUUUUCGAUCUGGACAGCAGGGCGGCCUUUUGUAUUGGGAGGAAGUGGUUAAGGAAUAUAUGAAGUUCGCCAUCAGCGUUGAAAACAGAUACAGGAACACGAAGUUUCUAUUAUCACAACUUAUGCCUGGGAAGAGUCCCAAAUAUCAGCGCAUUCAGAUGUCGAGGAGCUACAGCGAGGCAAUAGCCAUCCUGGAAAUCACGGACUCCGAAUUUGUGGAAAUGGCCAAAGAAGUCGAUCAUGUCUUGCAACUUGACCUCCCCAGAAUGACCAAGGCAGACAUGAAGCGGCUCAACAAACAACAUGCAAAGGAGAACCAAGCGAAAAACCAAGAAAAGAAGAGAGCUCUAGAGCAGAGUCAUGAUCGAGGCACGGAAAUUCCGAGUCCAAGCGAAGAACGAAUGAAGAAGCAGAAGGCAGAGAUAGCGGCAGAAAACGCCGGCUUUGAAGGUCUUGGACAGGGUGCCAUGGCCGUUGCAGUGUGAUCAGUCGACGGCACAGGCCCAUUAAUAUUAAUUGACUUCACCAUCGGAUGAUCAAGAUUUCAGUUUAACAGUUUACUCCAGACGACGUGAACGCGCCAGUGAGCGCGUUGAAAUGCCGACCUUGUCCUCGAACGAGGCUGUCAGAUGCUAUAUCAAGGAUUCUAUAUCCAGCAUGACCUAAGCAAAAGGCGAAUAUGCUGAACCAGCGAACACCAGACCAAGUCCCCGCUGGAGGAUCGUCGCCACAUCGUCCCAGUAAGAGCGGCCAGAUGUCCUCUCCGUGUCGCUAGAUCUUGCGUCACAUUGUAUAACAGAUGCUACAUUCUAGCAGGCCUCUCACAACAUUGUAUGAACAAUAUCAAUGAAUUUCGAG